CGCCUGGUUCCCGUUGAAGACUUCAAAGUCAAUGUCAAUCCAGCUUCUUCGUGGAUAUCGACGAGCUAUUUCUGCAACCCCCAACAUUUCUUCCUCGUUCAAUCCCCAAUCUCUCUCUCGCUUCCCCCAAAUCCAUCCAAUAUCUCCAUUGCUAAACACCGCAUCAUGGAUUGCGAACCAGAGGACCUCCAGUUCCUAAGCAUCAAGGGCAUCUACCUCGAAGCCUCGAAGCUAAUCGUUUCGUUGCGUCGACUGUUCUCCCAAAUCGCCAUCUCCAUAAUCGUCCCCCUCUCCCUCCUCUUCCUCCUCCACAUCCACAUCUCUUACCUACUCUUCUCCCAAAUCGACCGCAACGAAUAUGCCCUAGAACACACCACCGCCGGCUCUCCUUCACAAACCCUACUUCUCCAUCGACUCUCCUCUGAGUGGUCCGCUUUCCUCCUCUUCAAAGCUUUCUACCUCAUCGCCCUCCUCAUCUUCUCCCUGCUCUCCACCGCGGCCAUCGUCUACACCGUUGCCUCCGCCUACACCGCUAAGCAUGAUCUCCUCCUCUCCUACCGCAAAGUCCUCUCCGUUGUCCCCAAAGUAUGGCGUCGCCUCGCUCUCACGUUCCUCAUCGCCUUUCUUUUCCUGGUCGCAUACAACAUUAUCGCCAUAUUCAUCCUCGUUUUAUCCAUAAUGAUCACCGGAGAAAACAUCAUCGGAUUGAUCAUCAUCCUCUUCCUCUUCCUCGUCUACCUCGUUGGCUUGGUUUGGAUCAGCGUGGUAUGGCAUCUGGCGAGCGUGGUGUCGGUGCUUGAGGAGGCUUGUGGGCUGGCUGCAAUGCAGAGGGGCAGGGAUCUGGUGAAGGGAAAGAUGGGAAUUGCAGCCACGGUGUUUGUGAAAAUGAAUCUGGCGUUUAUCGGGAUCGAGUUAGUUUUCCGGCGAGUAGUGGUGGUCGGAGAGUUUUCGACGGCGGUUAGGGUGGGAUUCGCGACAUCGAUGCUGGGUUUGAUGUCGGUGGUGGUGCUUUUUGCGCUGGUGGUGCAGACGGUGAUGUAUUUUGUAUGUAAAUCGUAUCACCAUGAGAGCAUCGAUAAGUCUGCGUUGGCGGAUCACUUGGAGGUCUAUUUAGGGGAGUAUUUGCCGCUGAAGGAGAAGGAUGUACAAAUGGAGCAGGUUAAUGUUUAAAAUUAUGAGACAGUACAUCAGACUGGUAGUGCUUGUGCUACACGUGCCCUGCUUUCUUUUUUAUAUGCAUUCUUAGAAAUUGCUGUAUACUCUUGAUUUUUAAUUUGCGGUCUUGUUGUUAAACAUUUUUCAUUUAGCGCUCACAAUUUAUGAUUUUGAAGAAAU